AUGCGUUUCCUUUAUCCUUGUCUUCUUAUUGCCAUGGUUGCGGCCGUGAAAAGGGACAUGGACAUGGACAUGAACAUGGACAUGGACCACGAUCAAAUGUCAAACGACGCAAUUGAGCCAGCUAGCGAUGACAGCAAUCGCAUAACUUCGGACCACACAGAUUCGUCUGAUAGUGCGUCCUCCACUUUGAUUCCGGUACCGCAUUCGGUUAAGCACCAGCACGGUAUGCCUAUUCUCGAGACAAAGCUCACGCCCGAAGAAAAAUUGUAUUGGGAGUCAUAUUCGACUGAGACAUACUUUAACACCCCUUCUUCGAAACGUGGCGCAUUGUACGCCCACUUGGCGCUCUACGUAGGGUCCUACGUCUUUUUGUACCCGCUUGUGCUUGUCUUUUGGAACGUGGGCCAUUCGCUAUAUCUUCCUGCUUUAACUUUGCAUACUGGUCUCGUGGUCGCUUCUGCAUUCACAUUUUGGAUCUUCUCGGGUUCGGUCCGCGAGUUAUACCCUCAUAGCGCUUUCAAGCCUAUGACGCUUCUCCUCUUUUUGGGUUCAUUAAUGCAUUGGGCAAUCAGCGUGGUGGCAGUCGCCUAUCGCUACCUCAAUAUUGACAAUGAGUUCGACUACUUUGAGUUAGCGCAUGCGGAAGACGGGUCUUCUGUUCACUCACCCGACCUUACGUUGCGCGAUUCUAACUCUCAUUUUGAAGAUUUCGAGUUAGAAUCAUUUGGUGAGCCUGAUGGCCACUUAAAAACAUCAAAUGGUUCAAUGCUUCAACCACAGCCUUCUCGCAUGUCUCUGGUGUUCUUGAAAUUCCCUGCUUUUAAAAAGGCUACCCAGCUUGGUGGAAAGACAGCACUUGCUCUUACUGGUUUAACCAACUGGGCCCUGUUUGCAUAUUUCCUCAUUUACUUCCCAACAGGCGUGGCUACCUAUGCUGUGUAUGGUACUGAUGGCACUAUCUUCAAUCUUCUCGCACAUUUCAUCAAAGGCGGUGUCUUUUUCGUAUUGGGCUUGGUGACGUUGGCUCGCUACUGUGGUGCUUUCCGCGGUAAAGGAUGGGCAUGGAAUCACCGCUUUGUCACUGCAAGAAACGAUAACCGGGGCUGGCUCCGUUGGCAACCAAGAGGUCUUUGGACCAUGGAAUUUGUUGAGUCGUCGUUGAUUUUCUUUUACGGAUCCACUAAUGUCUUUUUGGAGCAUUUGGCUGGCGCAGGAGGUGCUUGGACCGCUAAAGAUUUGCAGCAUGUGUCAAUUGCAUUCAUCUAUUUGGGAUGUGGCCUCUGUGGAAUCUUACUUGAGAGGCGUUUGAGCACUUGGCGUUACACUAAAGCGGUGGAUAACUUGACAGCCUCGACUGAUCCAAAGGAUGUGGCCGCGGUAACCAAAGCGCAUCCAGGAUUUUCGCCUAACCCAUUCCCCAUCUUGACGAUCUACUGGACUGGAAUUCUCAUGUCGAAGCACACACAAGCCUCUGCAUUAUCUACGGAGAUCCACAUUCAAUGGGGAAAUUUGUUUGUUGUUGGCUGUGUGUUUAGAAUGAUGUCGUACCUUAUACAAGUGCUUGUUCCAUCUCAGUCUCGCGGCUUGACAGCCGCCCAUGCCCCAUUUACGGAGAUUGUUGUCGCGUUUGCUUUGUUGUGUGGUGGCUUGAUUUUCAUGGAGUCUUGCGAUCCGGUGGUUCACCUGUUUGAGUAUUACGGAUACACUUCGAUGUUCACUCUCAAUGUGUCGCUCGGAUUUGUGGCGCUUUUGAUGGCAUGGGAGAUGUGUGUCUUUUCUAUCAAAGACGCGUUAAUUCGCCGCAAAGCUCCGUCUCGCAGGGCAGUAUGA